CAGAAACGCGAGGCAAAGUUGGAAAUUUUGCUUGAAAAGCGAUAUAUGUAAAAUGUGUUCGAUGUAAAAGCGGAAAAAAAAAAACGGAAUGAGUCACGAUUAGAUGGCAGGAUAAAGAGAUAAACAGUCAGUGGUCGUAAUGAAUGCCGAUGGUUUUCCUUAGUAACUAUGUGUUAGAGAUCGACCGCACACGUUUAAGUAAACUUGUCGAAUAUGCUUGCGUAAGCUACUUGUGCAAGUUUACACUCGAACGUAUGGCAGGAUAGCUGCAUGGUUACAACUGUGACGAGUUUACUUAAGUAUGGCCGGCCUUACGAUUCUGUCGUCAUUACGUUCGCCACAUUCACGUUCUUGAACUUGCAUGACUUGACUUGGUCGCACUUGGUACGACGAUCAGUUACGAUCUAUCAACGGAGAGAGGUACCAGCGCGUCCAAUCGCGAGAAGACUCGAGGAGGUGCAACUCACGCGAUCAACUAUUUUCCGAUUGUUGUUGCAUCGCGAGCGAGUUUGCACAAGAGAUCAGGUCGAAAGGAAAAGGCUGACAUCUUUUGCAGUUUGUAGCCAGUUGACUUCGUGGAAAGAAUUGAAACGAUUAAGGGGAUUGAGGAGAAGAAUGUCAACGGCUCCGAGAAGAGACAGAUAGAUAUUAUUUACUACGAUCCUCCCGCGUUAACUCGUGCACGAAGAUGAAGCUACUUACGAUCGUUCCCGCCCUUUUCUCUUGGCUAACGAUUGUCGAUUGCGUGUCGACUGCGAGAUUCUGUAGUCCGGACACGGGAGACGAUUUCCAACGCGCGCAUGUCGGUCUGAUUAUCUCGCCCAUAAUGUCCAUUCGAAUGAUACGGGAGAUCGAGAUUUAUUGGAAUCAUGCCAGGUAUCGACCGGGCGAUACGAUCGCUCUUUACACGGGCGAGCCCACGAACGGCCUCGAGCCAAUUUAUACCCUGAUACCAAACGCACCGAGUGGUAUAAAGAGGACUGGACUGCAGGCCACGUUUGUUCCCACCUCGAAUCUCACGUUCGUUCAGCAAUGCCUACAGUACCAUGUUGCUUGGCUGAGAAAUAACACGGUAAGACUGACAGAUUGUCUGCAAACACAGCCUCACUGGAUGUCAGAGAGGAAGGCUAUCUUAGGAUCGCUGCCUAUGAGCAGGGUGUUCUUGCCCGGCACUCACGAUUCUGCGUCUUACGCGAUAUACGAACGAGCGAACUCCGAGAAUAUCGUCGAAAGAUAUGUGAUAACGCAGGAUGUGGACGUGCUCGCGCAAUUGAUCUACGGAGUUAGAUACCUUGACAUCAGAGUCGGACACUACCCCGACACCAAUUCGGUGUGGUGGGUGAAUCAUGGAGUAUUCAGAACUGUUCCUAUGCAGACCAUCAUAAAUCAGGUGAAGACCUUCCUCGACAACACGAACGAGAUCGUAAUAUUCGACAUCCAGGAAUUUCCAGUUGGCUUUGGAAAAAAUCUGGGGGUACAUCACGACUUCGUUGCAUUCCUCGAGAAACAAUUCGCUGGGUACUACUUGCCGAAGAGUUACGGAUGGACUAGUACUCUGAAUACAAUCUGGUCAUCCGGGAAAAGACUUAUUAUCGGUUAUGAUGAAAGACGAGUCGUCAGUCGCUACGAUAGCAUAUGGCCUUGUGUGACACAUCAAUGGGGAAAUGUCAGGACUAUCGAAGACUUGUUCAACCAUCUGAAUCGCAUCGAAACGGAAAGUCUUGGACAACCUAGAUCAAUACCAAGAUCGGCGAUGGCAGAAUUAACGCCCAACACGUGGGAUGUCAUUUUAAACCGACUUGGAAGUAUCCGCGAAAUGGCGGAAAAAGUUAAUAUCAACGUUACAAAUUGGUACAACAGCAAAUGGCAAAGCACCGCGAAUAUCGUUGCUGUCGACUUUGUCCGAUCGUCCGGUAUCAUCGAAACUGCGAUCGAAUGGAACGAAAGACGAAAUUCGCAUUGUUAAAACUUUCUCUAUUCCCUAUUCGCGCAAGAAUUGAAAACGUACAAACUAAAAUUUAUUUAAUGCACAUUAAUCUAUAGUGUACAUUAAU